UUGGCGGCAGGGGGGUUUCGUCAUGGCUGCUUCCUUGACAUAAAUAAAGAGAAACGCUAUUUGUCAGCGAGCGGCAGCAUCAGAGCAGGAAGCAGAGAGACAACCACAGACUUCUGCACACGUACAAGCCACAUAGAGAUGACUUCCUAAACACAGAAAUUCAGCUCUCGGACUGGAGGAAGCUAAAAGACAGUCACAUUUUACUAGACGGAGCUCGGGAAGCUGGGAAAUGGAGAAACAGCAGCAUUCGUCAGGUUCGGACAGUCCGGUGCUGCCGCCGGUGCCGCGAAAACCUCAAAUCCUCGGAGGAGGAAUCCCUGCAUCUCGACAAGACAGCGAGGAUUCAUUAGACAGUCCAUCUGGAUCUCAUGUGGAAUGGUGUAAACAGCUGAUAGCGGCCACUAUCUCCAGCCAGAUCUCUGGCGGUGUCCCUCCAGAAGCCAUUAUCCGUGAAUGCAAGGUUGGGAAGAAGAUAGAUUUCAGGGUGUCAAGGAGGCCAAACUUAAGGUCUCAGGACUCUGGUGAAGAUGGCAGCGACAUUGAACUGCCGUCUCACACUACGGCAAUGUUCAGGGAUGCACGAAAACAAGUACCCAUGGAUGAAGUCCCACUUGUCCCUGGAGAGACAAUCAAAACCACUGUUAAAGAUGUGAUGUAUAUCUGUCCUUUUACUGGAGCUGUGACCGGCACACUCACAGUCACAGACUACAAACUCUACUUUGUCAGUCUAGAACGGGACGCUCCUUUCAUAUUGGAUGUGAACCUGGGUGCCAUCAGCAGGUUGGAGACUAUCGGUGUACAGAGUCAUGGGGAGAAUACUAGUGGCAUGGAGAUCGUCUGUAAGGAUAUGAGGAGUCCCAGGUUUGCUUAUAAAAAGGAGGAACAGAAUAAUGUGGAGAUUUUAGAAGAUUUGACAAAGCAUGCCUUCCCCCUGACCAAUGAGCUGUCCCUAUUCGCCUUCCAAUACAAAGAACAAUUUCCAGAGGAUGGAUGGAAGGUUUAUGAUCCAGUGGCAGAGUAUAAAAGAAUGGGUUUGCCCAAUGAGAGCUGGACAAUCAGUAAGAUCAACAGUAAUUAUGAAGUGUGUGACACUUACCCUGCUCUGCUUGUUACCCCAACCAGUAUUAAAGAGGAUGAAAUCAAACGAGUGGCCUCUUUCAGAAUGAAACAUCGUAUACCGGUCCUGUCAUGGAUCCACCCAGAAACCCAGGCCACGAUAGUGCGCUGUAGUCAGCCCAUGGUGGGCCCGACAGACCGCCGGUGUAAGGAGGAUGAGCAUUACCUCCAGACCAUCAUGGAUGCCAAUGCACAGUCCCAUAAACUCACCAUAUUUGAUGCUCGGCAGAACACCGUGGCUGAUAAUCACAAGGCUAAAGAUGGAGGUUAUGAGAAUAAAAAUUUCUACCCCAGCAUGGAGCUGAUUUUCCUGGAGAUCCCAAACAUUCAUGUUAUGAGAGAGUCUCUGCGUAAGCUGAAGGAGGUGGUCUACCCCACCAUCGAUGAACCUCGCUGGCAUUCGGCCAUAGAUGCCACACACUGGCUGGAGUACAUACGGCUUUUGCUUGCGGGUGCAGUGCGGAUUGCAGAUAAGGUUGAGUCGAGUAAGAGCUCUGUGGUGGUGCACUGCAGUGAUGGCUGGGACCGCACAGCUCAGCUCACCUCUUUGUCCAUGCUGAUGCUGGACUCCUACUACAGGACUCUCAGGGGCUUCCAGGUGCUGCUGGAGAAGGAAUGGAUCGGCUUCGGACACAAGUUUGCUGCGCGUGUUGGACAUGGAGAUGAAAAUCAUGCAAACUCUGAGCGCUCGCCUCUAUUUGUGCAGUUCAUAGACUGUGUUUGGCAAAUUAUGAGACAGUUUCCCACUGCCUUUGAGUUUAAUGAGCUCUUCCUCGUCACCAUCCUGGAUCACCUCUACAGCUGCCUAUUUGGUACAUUCCUUUACAACAGUGAACAGGAGCGAGUGGAAAAGGCAUUGAACAGUAAGACGGUGUCUUUGUGGUCCUACAUCAAUAGCCAGCCAGAGGACUUCACCAACCCCUUCUAUGUAGACUAUGAAAACCAUGUGCUGUACCCCUUGGCCAGUCUAAGACAUUUGGAGCUGUGGGCUGCAUACUACGUUCGCUGGAACCCCCGCAUGAGACCACAGAUGCCUGUACACCAGAACCUGAAGGAGUUGCUGUAUCUGCGUGCAGAGCUACAGAGGAAGGUGGAUGAGUUACAGAAAGAAGCAUCUUCAUCACGCUCAAUCUCCUCUUCAUCAGAGCAUGCGUAUUCUCCCUCACAUGGCGGUACACCACUACACUCCUCUGUGUAACACACAUGCAAUGCUCAAAUUAGAGAGGAUUCAUUAUUAACAGAAUGUGUGGUAGGAA